CCUGGCCCUUCUUCAGAGGUCAAACCAGGUUCUAAGGGGGCUUAGGAGGAGGGUGGUCAAUAUGAGGGUCUUUUAUUAGAGGAGGAGUAAUCACACUCAAAAGCGGCUGCCUUUUCACUAUUCCAUGUCUCACCAUUUUGCUCCAGCUAGUUUGUUUAUUUUCAUCCUUAACAUUUGUUAAAGACCCCACUCACUUUUCAGAAUGAACUAAGAAACUAAGGGGAAGCUACUGUUGCCUCUCAGCAAACACCAAGUAGGCUGUAAUCUAAUGCCACAGCCCUGUGCCUGUUUCUGACAUAUCCCCAUACAGCAUCAUCUUAGAAAACCGCACGCAAAGACUGUUUGGGCGUGGAGGGCGAGGUCUUAAGCCAGCGGAACCCUAAAACCCCCUCUGAGGCGGAAUGCCGCCGGGACCGGAAAGCGGACCUCCCUGACAGCACCAGGCUGAAGACUUCCGCCCCGCAGAGGACUUGCCUCCACCCCCACCUUCAAGUCCGCCCAGCUGUACUUCUGCGCAGGCUCCAUGAGUUGUUUGCUGUCUCUAUGGCAACCCAGUAGCUGGAGUCUGAAGAUGGAGACCAAGGAGACUACAGAGGGAUCGCGGUCGCGAUCUUUAGACAUACAGCCCAGCUCCGAAGGACUAGGGCCCACUUCGGAACCGUUUCCUUCUUCAGAUGACAGUCCUAGGUCGGCCCUGGCAGCUGCAACCGCAGCAGCUGCAGCGGCUGCAUCAGCUGCUGCAGCUACUGCAGCCUUCACCACCGCCAAAGCAGCUGCAUUAUCUACAAAGACCCCAGCGCCCUGUUCUGAGUUCAUGGAGCCGUCCUCUGACCCCAGCCUUCUUGGGGAGCCCUGUGCAGGACCCAGCUUUACCCACAAUAUAGCCCAUGGGAGUCUUGGCUUUGAGCCCGUCUAUGUUUCCUGUAUUGCUCAGGACCCUUGCACUACAACUGACCAUAGUUCUAACCCUGGCCCUGUUUCAGGCUCUAGCUCUGGGCCUGUUCUUGGCUCCAGCUCAGUUGCUGGCCAUGGCUCUGGUUCUGGCUCUGGUCCUGGCUGUGGCUCUGUCCCUGGCUCUGGCUCUGGUCCUAGUCCUGGCUCUGGUCCUGGUCAUGGCUCUGGCUCUCAUCCUGGUCCUGCCUCUGGGCCUGGUCCAGACACUGGCCCUGACUCUGAGCUCAGCCCCUGUAUUCCUCCAGGGUUCAGAAACCCGGUGGCAGAUCGGGUCCCUAACUAUACCUCCUGGAGUCAGCACUGCCCCUGGGAGCCCCAGAAACAACCACCUUGGGAAUUUUUGCAAGUCUUAGAACCGGGUGCCCGAGGACUAUGGAAACCCCCAGACAUUAAAGGGAAGCCUAUGGUUCGCUAUGAAACAUUGCCACGAGGCCAGUGCCUCCUCUACAACUGGGAGGAAGAGAGAGCCACCAACCACCUGGAUCAAGUCCCAAGCAUGCAGGAUGGCUCUGAGAGUUUUUUCUUCCGACACGGACACCGGGGACUGCUGACUAUGCAACUAAAGUCACCCAUGCCCCCCAGCACCACCCAGAAAGACUCGUACCAGCCACCAGGAAACGUCUAUUGGCCACUUCGAGGGAAGCGUGAAGCCAUGCUGGAGAUGCUCCUGCAGCAUCAGAUCUGUAAAGAGGUGCAGGCAGAACAGGAACCCACAAGGAAGCUCUUCGAGGUUGAGUCUGUGACACACCAUGAUUACCAAAUGGAGCUGGCACAAGCAGGGACUCCUGCCCCAACAAAGCCUCACGACUACCGCCAGGAGCAGCCUGAGACCUUCUGGAUACAGAGGGCACCACAGCUACCGACAUGGUGGCCAUUGCCCACCCAGGUACCAGCAGCAGAAGACUGUCUGACUUGGGAAGAAUGGGGGUUUACAGGAGUCCAGGAGGUCCUUUCCGCUCUCCUAAGAGCCACACCUGGUGAAUACUCAGUAAACAUUUGCCGAAUGAAUGAACACCCUGUCCGCAGCAGGACAUGGACCAAUAGGCUCUGCCAUCAGGAAAUGGGAAGCAAGAAAACAGGCUAAACUCAAGAGGACAGAGGCUGGUGAGGAGGUAAAGCAGGCCCAGUGAAAUGACCAGACAGCCCAAACUGUCAGAGAGGAGGAAAGCAGGAAUUUGAUUUUGGUAAUUGUGCCAAAGCUAUGUAAGAGAAUGAAUGCCAUUGUUUUAAGGAAA